GUCGACAAGCAACCUUGAAUGUUUACAUGGGCGAAAUGUUAAUUCACAGUAGACUUCAAAAUAGACUUUAAAUUAAUCUGGGUGACUAAAUUCGAAUUAAAUUUUGGACGCUAGCUAACGUCAGCUAGCUAUUUAGCCCGUUAUCGUGUUUUUCGAUUAGCCUCUUUCGGCUUACUUUUCCCCCCACGAAUUAAAGGCCAUAGAUUCGGCUUCUUAUUCGUGUAUUUUGUUUAUUUUCUGCAUCGAGGAUUUACCUUUCUCGCAAAAGAAAAAAUGAAUAUUUUGCCGAAAAAGAGUUGGCACGUGCGCAAUAAAGACAACGUCGCGCGCGUGCGUCGAGACGAAGAGCGCGCGGCCGAGGAGGAGAAAGAAUUACGGCGGCGCGCAGAGCUCGCGGAGCAAGAGGCUCGGACAGCGUAUCUACGGAGGAAAUCCCGCGCGGCGCUCGAUCACACAGCAGGACAAGUGGACGAGGGAGAGACGUGUGGAGAGACCGGCAGGACUGAGCAUCUCAACCUGUUUCCUCUGGAGGACUCGUCGGAGAAGAAAGGCAACGCCGAGUACCUGCGCGAGAAGAAAGAGGAGAAGGAGAAACAGGAGCGUGCUAUUGGUCUGUUGGUGUCUCUUGGCCCCGCCCCUGGUACUGAGGCCACUCCCUGGUAUCUGAAGGAGAGAGAGAGAGACAAGGACGGAGAGAAGGAGAGAGAGAGAGACAAGGACGGAGAGAAGGAGAGAGAGAGACAAGACAAGGGCAAAAGGAAGGUUAUAAGUGAGGAGGAGAGAGAGAAGAAGGACCGGAAGUUAAAGGACAGUCUGGACCCUCUGAAGGACAUCAAAAAAGCUCUGGCAGUGAAAGACAGGAAGGAGAAAAAGCACAAGAAGAAGGAGAAGAGAGAUAAAGGGGAGAGGACGAGUGCCGGGAGCUCGAAGGAGCAACUGCGUGCGGAGCGACUGCAGAGGGAAGCGGAGGAGAGGAGACGUGCUCAGGCCCUGCUGGACCAGAGGAACGGAGUGGGCGGAGCCAAGGAUGGACAGAAGGAGUCGGAGGAGAGAGACAGACCCUACAACAGCGCAUACUUUCCAGAACUAGUACGCAAGAGAUCGAGAAGAGACAGAGACAGAGAGAUAUAUGACUUCCUGAAUUCAAAGUCCUAGACUCUCCUGUUUAUUUCGACUGAAGCUCCGCCUCCACCUGGACGUCUCACGUGCUUUAUGCUUUAAAGCAAAGUAUGACGUCCUCGACGUGAUGUCAUCAAAAAAGUGCCAUCAAGCACAAGCAGUCACAGAGACACAGGAACACACAUAACCUAUGGUUUCAUUUAUCUCUCUCACACACACACACACACACACACACACACAGUCCCCAUACCCCUGUAUCUCAUAAGUGUGUUUAUGUGAGCUGGAAUAUAAAAUCUGUGUAAAGUAUAGAUCAUUCCUGAUGUUCUUUCCUUACGUGUUUACAAAGUAUCGAUGUCUGGUUACCAAACACGAUGUCUGGUUCCUACACAGUAGUUAAGCAUUUGAAGUCUCAAAAUGUUUUCUUUUCGUCCUGCCUUCGUUAUCAAAUUUCAUGUUAAAAUUUUCCCAAAGACCUUGCUAUUAAAAAUCCUUUAACCAA